AUGCAGACCCGAUUGGCAACAACAUUAGUGCGCAAGCCGGAGCAGCCUGAGGAGCCAGAGGUGUACCGCGAUGGCGAACCCAGCAUCGUCGCUACCGACCGUGCCAUUGCACAGCUCAAGAAGGUCGCCGAGCGCGAGAACAGCUCGUCGCUCGCAUUGCGCGUGGCUGUAGAGCCAGGAGGAUGCCAUGGAUACCAGUACAAGAUGGAGAUCACCGAGGAAGUCGAGGAUGACGACUUCCAAUUCGAGGUGCACCCGGGCGUUUCGAUCUUGGUCGACAGCAUCAGUCUGGCGCUCGUGAGGGGAAGCACAAUUGACUACGUCACCGAACUAAUUGGGUCGCAGUUUGCGAUCAAGGAUAACCCGCAGGCCAAAGGGGCCGGAUGUGGCCUACCUACCGCAUCACCCUCCGGUACUCCUACUGCUUCGAACAUUGCCUGGCUUUAG